UAAUCUAGGAAUAAUAAUACUAUUUCGUGCGAAGGCGACAGACGCGAUUCACUACUCGUUUAGUAUUUAGAAGGCGCGUGCGGGGCACGCCGGGCGUCUGUGUUCGCUUUUAUAUUAUUAACUAACUUAGUGAGAGAAAACUGUUACAAAGUUAUGUGUUUUUGUGUUUAUAAGUUUGUUCUAACGGAUUUAACUCAAUCAUUUUAUUAUAGAUCUCAAUCCUAAGUCGGUAUGUAAGUGGCUUUAAGCGACUAUCUGAAAAUGGUUGAAACGAGUAUUAAAAAGACUGAAGAAACACCUGUAAACAAUGUAGACAAGGAUUCCAUCAAACAAGAUCUAAAUACAUUGACUGAUGCAAAAUCAUUAUCGAAUAACGAAAUCGUUGCUCAUUACACCAAAGAUGAUCGUGAUUCGCCGAUAGAACGAGUUAAAUUUGAAGGAGUAGACGAUAAUGACAGCAUAUGCUCCGAAUCCUCCAUAGCAGAGAAGCUACCACCGAUCCCCGAUGGCGGGUGGGGAUGGGUUGUGGUGGUCUCCGCGUUUCUAGUCUCAGCCUGCGCCGACGGCCUGGCUUUCUCAUACGGUCUCCUCCAAAAUGAAUUCACCAAAUAUUUUGAAACCACGCAGUCAAAAACAUCAUUAAUAGGCAGUUUGUUUAUCGCAACACCAUUAGUUGCCGGGCCGAUCAUGAGCGCGUUAGUAGACAGAUACGGCUGCAGAACUAUGACAAUCAUUGCCGGACUGAUAUCUACAAUCGGAUUCCUACUAGCAGCAAUAAGUAAUUCAAUUCCAAUGUUAUGUCUGACGUACGGAUUCAUAAGUGGUCUUGCGAUGGGCAUUCUGUACGUCACAGCAGUUGUGUCGGUCGCGUUCUGGUUUGAUAAGAGGAGGAAUUUGGCAGUGUCUCUCGCUUCGUGCGGGAUCGGUUUUGGUACUUUAUUAUACUCGCCGAUGACGCAUUACUUCUUGGAGGUUUACGAUUGGCGAAACACGAUAGUAUUACUUGCUGGAACUUUAUUAAAUAUGUGUGUUUGUGGCGCGCUAAUGAGGAAUCCUGAGUGGUUGGAAAUUAAACAGAAGAGGCAGAGGAGAUUAUCAAAGGCGAGGUCAAGGAAGUCUUCAAGCGCAGGCUCGAUAUCAUCGAGGUCUCUUGGUGGAGAGUCUGAAUAUCUCGAUGCGGAGGAACUGAAGAGUUUGCUCCAGAGUGGUAAAAGCCCUGAGUAUAUCCUAGCGACCCUGGCGUCUACUAUAGCGGAAGCAGAAAAAUUAGAAGCCACCACACAAAUGAACGCAGAUCAAGCUUACAAAAGGAUGCAUUCGGCGAUACAUCUGCCGACGUUUAUACAGCAAAACGAAAAGGUCCCGUCUGAAGUCAUAGAGAAACUAAUGGAAAACAAACGACUCUACAACAUUAUAUUACAAAACUACCCCGAUCUAAUAGCAAAAUCUAGGUCAGAAAUCAACAUCAACACGGAACACCCUGAAGGGACAACAAAUCCAGCACAACUGCCAGUCGAAAUAAAAGUUAAGAAAACUAAAACAACUUCUGAAUCGGAGCACAAUAAAGAAAAAAAGGAGAAAAAAGAAAAACCAUCAGAACCUACAUCGAAUUCACAUGGAAACCCACAACAUAAAGAUAAAGUGCCCCCAAAACCACCGCAACAAACUAAUUGGUUGCGGCAGAUAUCGACAGACCAUCAUUACUUAAGAGACAUGCCCUUGUACAGGAAUACGAUGAUGCAUCGAGGUGCUAUGAUGACGAUUCCUAGGUACAAGUUGCGAGCUUCAUCUUUGCCUGAUAUGUAUAGGAAUUCCAUGUGGUCUCUGGAAUCGGAAUCUGAUGAUGAAUUUAGAUGGUACGAACGUCUGUGGAUGACUUUCAAGGCUACCUUCGACUUCAAGAUGUUCACUGAGUUCCACUUCUUGAUGUUCAACUUGUCUUCCCUCAUCCUCUCUGUGUGGUUCAUCGUGCCUUACUUCUUCCUCAUGUCCUACAUGACUGAGAGACAUGUUGAUGGAGGCGCCAUGAUGAUCAGUAUUAUUGGAAUCGCCAGCAGCAUUGGAAUUGUAGGCCUCGGCUGGACCGGAGACCAGCCCUGGAUCAACGUAACCAAAACCUACGCGGUGUGCCUGAUUAUUUGCGGACUAUCAGUCGCCGCGUACCCUCUCUUCAUCACAAAUUACUGGGCCCUGGCUGUCAUCUCAACUGUCUUUGGGCUUUCUUUCGCCAGCUCAUAUGCCUACACGCCAGCUAUACUCAUGGAACUGAUGCCCAUUGACCAUUUCACUAUGGCGUACGGGAUGAUACUGCUCAGUCAGGGUAUAGGGCAUCUGGUGGGACCGCCUAUUGGAGGUUUGCUGUACGAUUUGACGGGGACCUGGGACCUCACGUUCUAUGUGGGAGGCUUGUGGCUGGUGGUGUCUGGACUCUGUGUGGGCAUCAUCGCUUACACUAAGGACGUGCGGCUCUGUGGCAGCGCGCCCCUGCUGAAGGAGGCAGAAGAAGCCAAGUCUGAAGCUGCAGUUGAUGUUUAGAUUUUAAAUUUAGAAUACCAACCGCCAUUAAUAAUUUGAAAUAUUACCAACCGCCAUUUUGAAACUACUGGAAAUGUUUGAUAGCAUGAAUAGAUCGGCUAGAUUGAACAGUAACGAUAUCUAAAGGUGUCAUAUUUACAAUAGUUACUUGAUAAACAGAUACAUAUUUGUGUACGAUUCGGUCGCAAGGCUAUUGACGGAACUAUAGUUUAUCUGUUCCAAACGAACUCUAUCGCAAUGUUAGCGACCACCGUACACAAGGUGUUACCCGCCAUAGUGGCUCACGUUAGUGUCUCGCGUUUUGGGAUCAGCCUGUGUAAAUUUGGUUCUAACAAGCCGGCAUAAUUGUGUCGACUGCCGAGGUGUAAUCAUCUCUCGUCUGUCGACAUUCUAUUGGACCCCACUCCACUUACCAUCAGGUGUAGUGAAGUCAGUUUACCAUAGCCGUAUCAAGAAAUAUAUUGUUAUACAGAACACGUCAUUUCAAAACUCUUCGAUCCAUUAGGAUUGUUAUUGCUACAGAAGAACAGGGGCCUUAUUCUCUAUCCCGCACGUUAUUUUGACAGUGUGUAACAAGCACGUAACACAACGCAUCAUGUUUAGGACUAUAGAAAUUUGGCUUACAGAAUACCAUUCCACGCACAUUUCUCGAAGAUGACACGGCCGCGUUACGCGUUUACACUAUCAUACAGAAUAAGGGCCCAGCGUCAAAUAUGACCGCGGUCCGACAGAAUAGACAGAUAGGACAUAUUAGAGAAUUUUGUAUGAGAUUUUAUUUUUCUAAAUAUGAUACUAAUACGAACUACCUCAGGGUGCUUGGUAAUGUUGUUUUGUUGUAAAUAUUUAUUAAGAUAAAUGAAAAUUUGUACAUACAUUUGUAAUUUGUAUGCCUUUUUAAUUAAUUAAUACGUUUUAAAUGAAAA